GCUUAGCUCGUUGAUCAUCGUACAGAAGCUUGCUCGUAGCUCUUAGCUCUCCGGGGAAGAAGAUGGUGCGGAAACAGUUUCAACAGGCUAAAACUGGAAUAGAGGCUUUGAAGUCAAUGGAUGCUAACAAGUACCUGAAGAAGGUUGGGUUAGGGCGUGACGAUAUGUUUUUUUGGAAACAAGUGGGAAAAGCAUUGCUUUGCACUUACACAAUCUUUGGUAUCGCUUGGAUAUACAAUGAAACGUCUCCUUUGGGUUGGUGGACGUUGAAGCCGAGACCAAAGGAGGAGAGAGAGUUGGCUCAUUUGUAUGAGCGGCGUGAGUUUCCUUAUCCUGGUGAUACAGAGGCAAUGGAGGAUUUUGUUGCAAAGGGAGGGAUGAUCGGUACAGCGAUCGGGCCUAAAGGGAUUGUUGAGUCCGAAGGUGAAGCCGAUAAUUAUCAAAAGGAAAUGGAGAAGAAGAAGUUUGAUAAAGAGGCUCAGAAACUGUGGCUGAGAAUGAGGAAUGAGGUCAUGACUGAACUUCAAGAGAAAGGGUAUGAUCUUGAAUGAAGUGCAAGAGAGUUUUGAUAAAAACUUGUGUAAUUUUGGCUGUGUAUCAGUUAGACUAAGGAUUCGACCACUCGUACAAGUGUUUCUGUCUACGUAUAGCGGAAAGUACAAAACUGAUUUCUGUUCUACGGUACCAUUGAUGCUCUUC